AUGGACACUAGGCUGAACAGGAAAAGCAGGGCGCCAUGGCACUCUGGCGGGGCUGCCAAACAGGCCCAGGCGAACCCAUACGCCAAUGUCAAUGUUCAACAAGGAGUGCCUGAAAACGAUCCAUAUGGCAAUUCGUUACAGGUGCCCAAGACGGCAGCGUCAAGCAGAAGACACAACAGAAGAAUGUCGAUCCAGGCAUCUGCAGCGAAUCAGUUUGACCCUUCGUCGAUGCCUCCAUUGCCCAACCAACCGAUGUACCGAACAGCAACGAACAAUUCCGACGUGGGGCUGGUUCGAAGCUUCGCUACCCACCGCAGAAAGUCCAACGAGGACGAUAUAGUACAGAUCAUCAAGACUGAGCUUCACGAUAAGGAUGUCACUGUGAUUGACGAUUUCUAUAAGUCUUUGCUUGUUCAGAAAUCUAAUUUGGAUAACGAUAUCAAGAAUAGAAUCAACACCAACCAGAAGAAUAUCUUGCAAUUGACGGAUGAUCUUAGGGUGACUCAGGAAGAAUUGGUUACGCUUCGUGUUCUGACAAAGGAGCUUUAUCAGAUUUUGGCUGAAUUUGCCGAAUCUGCUGAGAGACGACUUGCUAUUGAACAGGAGACGCCUAAGAAUGGUUCCCAAAGCUUCAAUGGUGCUUCGCUUGAUAUUCCAAACAAGAGAAAGGAUAGACUGUCAGUGUUAGUGCUCCAGAAAAUGUGGGCCACGGAAUUGCAGUCUCUUUUUAAGCAUGUUGACGGUGCUCAGAAGUACAUCCAGGCUAUUCCAGGUAGACACGUCUUGGCAGAGAGUGGCCGUUGGCAUGAGAUCAAUAUCGGUACGUGGAAGCCUAGCCGUCCAAUCCACUUGUUUUUGCUCAAUGAUUUGGUUAUGAUCGCUACACGUAAACUGCCCCAGGAAGGCAGCUCGAAACGUCUACAGGCCAUUUACUGUUGGCCGCUACAGAAUGUCGACAUAUCGGAGAUAAACGCUCCUAGCCAGAUCUCAAGCCGAGACGGUAGUAAGGUUCAUGUUAUCAAUCUCCGAGCUCCAUCUUUCAGCUAUGUCUACCAAACUGAUAGAUAUGACCACUUCACUCGCGUGUUAAACGCCUACCAGAAAGGAAAAGCCGAGCUCGCUCAGAAGAACAAACAAUUCGAAGAAGAAGAACAAAGAAACCCAAGGGUCAGCGGAGAAUAUGGCUACGGCUUCAAUAGCAGCACAGCCAGUCUACAUGAUGAUAAGCUGGAGCUGCGUCACUUGCGUGAAUCGCUUCGUUCUUCUGGUCUUCAAGGCCACUCACGUAGUGGCUCUACUGAAGAGGUUGGGUUCAACCGCCGCACAAGCGGACAAAGACACAGCAAUGAUGUCAUUCUUCAGGACAUUUCUGCCAGGGUUCACUCCAGAAAUAGAUCUCAUGACUAUAACAAGGAAGCCGGUAUCAAGAAGCCUGGUAGCGACAAGCUGCCCCACAGAUUAUUCUUGGAACUUAAGAAUGCCGAAGAUAAGCUCGACGAGGUUGAUGUCGAUUUAGCUCACAACAAUUACUCCCAGGCUACUCAACUCAUGACGAUCAUUGACCAGAAGGUAGCUAACAUUGUUAUGCGGGUGGCUGGAUUCAAAUCAAAAGAGACCGAUGAGUCACUAGAAGAACUUAGGAUCCUUGUGGAUGUUGUGAAGCUUAAGUUGAGCAACAGACGUUUUAAGAUUCAGCAGAACCUCCAAUUUGACCUACAACACAAUAUUCUGACUUACACGAAUGAGACUAUUCUGGAGCUUCUUAGCUACUACUCACAAUUUGACAUGCAAAGCGAAGGUAUUGCAGCGAUCUUGGAAGCAUUGUCCUCACAUCUUUCAAAAACAGUUGGCAAGCUUAUAUCAAAUGCUCACGGUUCCACAAAAGUUGACAUCAUCAACUAUCUUGCUAACUUGACCAUUAUCUACGUUCUGAUAAUACGUCGUGCAUUGCAAAUUUAUGGAGAAUGUAUCGAAGGUUUGCUUCACGACUCACGCCAUGGUAAUCUCGAUUCCAGUGGGUUCAUUACUUGGUGUAUAUCUGAAAUGUCUCAAUUGGUCGGAAUCAUCAAGAAACAUGCCGAGGAGACGUUGUUGUUCAAGGAAGAUAAAAUAUGGUUUAUCAAGGAUGAACAACACUACAGAGAGCUAGUUGCGAUUAUCUUACCCCAACUAUCGUUCUUGAAAAAGGAAGGGCUCAAUGUGGAUUACCUCUUUGAGGAUAUCCUUCAUUGCCAGAAAAAAUUAUAG